AUGGGCAUCGGCAACGCCAUCAACGCCUGCGCGCACCUCAACAACGUCGCCAACGCCCGCCUCGGCCUGACCUCGCUGCCCGCGACCAAGGUGAACCUCGCGCUGGCCCUGGCGCUGCACCGCGCGGGCUUCAUCGCCUCGGUGCACCGCGGCGGGCCCCAGCCGCCGACGCCGCAGGAGCUCGCCGCGCCGCCGGCCCCCGCGACGCACGCCAACGCCGCGACGCGCCGCCUCUGGCUCGGCAUGAAGUACUGGAACAACGAGCCCGUGCUGCGCAAGAUGACGACCGUCACCAAGCCCAAGCGGCCCAUCCACAUCAAGGCCAUUGACCUGCACCGCGUCGUCCGCGGCUUCGCCAGCAAGGACGGCCUCGUCAAGGGCCUGCAGCUCGGCGAGUGCAUCUUCCUCAUGACCGACCAGGGCAUGAUGGAGGGCCGCGAGGCCUUGAGCAGGAAUAUGGGCGGCAUUGUGCUCUGCCGUGCCCGCUAG